GAGCUGCUGGAGAUGUACGGUGUGCUAACGGACAGGGAAAAAAUGGCUUGUGGAAUGGUCUGCGUGCACGUGCUUCAAGUCCUCUACUCUUUGGGCCAAAAUAUCUGGUGUCUGUAAAGAAGCUGAUCCAUCAUUAAAACAUAACCAAUAGCUCCUUUACUUAUGAAUCAUUUACCAUCACUGCCUCCAAGGCUGGAUACUGUUGACAUGCAGUCUCCCAGAAUACCAGGCAGAAAAAGAGGAAGGCCCCCGCUCCAUUCAACUCCUAUGAAAAUGGCUGUUCAUAACCUUUAUUCGGCACCAGCUGGUUCUCUGCCAGUUGUGAAGAUUCCAAAGAAGCGAGGGAGGAAACCUGGAUAUAAGCUGAAAUCUCGUGUUCUAAUGACUCCUUUAGCAAUCUCUCCACCAAGAAGCACUCCAGAACCUGACAUUAGUUCAAUCCCACAGGAUGCAGCUACAAUCCCCAAUUCAGUGGCCCCACAAGCCCUCACAGUCUGCAUUUAUGUCAACAAGCAAGGAAAUGUGGGGCCAUACCUUGAACGAAAGAAAGUGCAGCAGCUUCCAGACCACUUUGGGCCUGAGCGGCCUUCCAUGGUGCUACAGCAGGCAGUUCAGGCAUGCAUUGAUUGCGCACACCAGCAAAAGACAGUCUUCUCACUAGUCAAGCAGGGCUAUGGAGGCGAAAUGGUGUCAGUUUCUGCUUCUUUUGAUGGGAAGCAGCAUCUCUUGAGCCUGCCAGUAGUGAACAGCAUUGGCUAUGUUCUGCGGUUCCUCAAAAAGCUUUGCCGUAGCUUACUGUGUGACAAUCUUUUCAGCAAUCAGCCUUUUCCACAGUACAACACUUCUGCAAACCCAGAAGAAUAUGAAAAUGGACGGAUGGAAUCAGAAACGGUCAUACCUGAAGACUACCUGGUUGAUCCAGUAACCACAAAGCAUUACAGUGUAGAUCCCUCUGAUUCUGCCUUUAAUUGUAUGGGAUCUGUCUACUCUAUGAGGCAGAGUUCUGGAGAUGGACGUCAUGGUGGAGGAUCCUCUUCCUCUUGUAGUCAUCGCUCUGGCCAGAUGGCCUCUGGAGGACCACCAACUACUGGUUUGAGGCAUCAGACAUCAAGCCCAACUCGAAAUGGAACCUACAUGGAAGGAAACAGAAGUGCCUCAAGUCCUUCACCAGAAAGACAGGAUGCAGCUCGGCCCAUAAGCAAGAAUCCUUUGACCUGGACCGUUGAUGAUGUGGUUUGGUUUGUAAAGGAUGCCGACCCACAUGCUUUGGGACCCCACGUGGAGCUCUUCAGAAAACAUGAGAUCGACGGCAAUGCUUUGUUGCUACUGAAAAGCGACAUGAUCAUGAAAUAUUUGGGCCUGAAGUUGGGACCGGCACUGAAACUCUGUUAUCACAUCGAUAAACUGAAGCAAACCAAGUUCUGACAUUUUCUAAAGACACCAAACAAUCCCAAUGUAACUCAAGAAGCUGGAUGAAAGGUCUGCUACUGCUGUCUGAUGGGGAAAUCCGUCCCAUGUCUUACUUGCACAAUCUGGAAAACUUGAAUUCUUUCAGUGGAAAUAAGAAAUUGGGAUUUCUGCAUGUUCAAGUACCUCAUCUUUUCCACUAGAGGGACUGGUGCUAAUGAACUCCAGUCUUCAGCUAUGAUAGCGGCAUUGUUGCUUUCUCAAGAGCAACUUCCCUUUGAGCUAUAUCUCACCUUCAGUCAAACAUGAAAUUGCAGCUCCAACUCUAAUCAAGCUAUCCUGAGUCACACAGAUGGUGCAAUUUCACACUUGAGAUCCAGAAAACAUUCCUGGGUUGAUGCCAUAACAACAAAUAACAAGCCCUGCUUCCAGGACUUGAGGGCAAAGAGCAGAUAAGUGAACAAGUAUCUUGACUAGCCUUUCUUUCUUUCUUUCUUUCUUUCUUUCUUUCUUUCUUUCUUUCUUUCUUUCUUUCUUUCUUUCUUUCUUUCUUUCUUUCUUUCUCCAAGCCAGUUUGACAGAUACUUUGUAAUGCAUGGGGUGGGGAUGGGAAAGCAGAAUGCUCUAGGAAGGAAAUUUCAAAAAUAAAUGCUCUAUUGUAGAGUCGCAAUGGCAUUAAAUCUAGAAGAAACAUAGGCUUUUGCUAGGUUUAUCUUGCAACUGAAGCUGCACUUGCACAAAAAUCCAGUUAACCUUUCAAUAGAUGUUAUCAAAUAAAACUGAAAUGCAUAACCUCCACCAAUCCAUAUAACAAAAGCAUGAUUCCCUGCAUCUUAUAAAGCCAUGGUUGAAGGACAAAUCUUUAAGAGAUAUCUUGGGGGGAGAUGUAUAUGAUCUUGUUUUUUCCUUUUUUAAAUUUUGUAUCCAAGUAACUUUCAUAAGAAACUGGUGUUUUUUGUCAUAUUCUGAAGAAUGUAUUCCUAAACUUUACACUGUACCUUUCCAUUGUAAAUUAAUGUGUAAAUGUCUUGGAGAACAUGCAAACUGUUGGUGUACAGUAGUAGAAUGAACUUCACAUGCAUAUUCAUUCAAGGUCUUAUCCUGAUUAUGUAUUUUAAACGUGAGAAGCUUUACACCUCUAUGCUGCAAUUCAUAGAUCCUCAUGGAUCUGCAUAACUUCUGCUGCUGAACAGAUGAUCUGCAGGAGAAAGACAGAAAGUGUUUGGAAGGUGCUACAAGCAAAACGUCAGGGUGAGGGAGCAUCCACAGAUACUUCUGUGUGCGGAUCCAUGACCUGGGGCCCUAUGAGGGUUGCAUGUGCUCUGCACAUCCUAUAUGUGGAAAGGAGAAUUGCCAUGCAGAAACUUCUUAUCAUGUUCUGAUCAUCUGCUCAUGGGCCAUAUGCCAUUGGAUCCAGUACUAGGGCUAAAGUUAUUAUAGGAAGUGAAAACACAUUUGCCAGGUUAAGUACUCAAAUGUCUGGUCAAUUUAACUGAAGUGCAUGUGUGUAUGAAGUUAUCAGAAUACCAAAUGACUGAAAAAUAACUAAAGCAGUAGUACUUAAGGUAAUGGGCAAUUUUGUUUCAACUGAAAAGAGGUUGUAUCCACAUGAACAGGAUAUUUGUACAGUUGUGCAGAGUUGUUGAUUUUAAAGAGCUGAAUUAUUUAUUGUAAAACCAACGUGUUCUGUAUCUUGUCUUUUUAAGUCUGGGUGUAUAUAUUGAGUUUAAUACAGCUGUGAUACUGAACUUUGAAAA